UAACAACCGUGGUUCUUUGGGCUCUCGUUUCACAGAGUGGUUAUGAGUGCACGGAACGAAAACGUUUUAAAAUAAUUUAUUUUUAUUGUGUCACGCCAUAUGUCCAAUGUUUGAAGAUCGUCUACCUAAAUGAGUGAGAUGGAUGUAAGUGGCAAUCCGCCAUCACCCCAAGAGACUCUCAGGGAAAAAAAUGGAACCCCAAGACAUCCCAACCCACCUGUUCCCUCCACCAAAUCCAUUCCAGACACUGAGCUCCCCGGGUCUGGUGGUUCUCCUGUCUCCAGAUCUGGCAGCCCAAACCGGUUGCCUAAAUCCCCAUCCUCUUUGACUCAAGAUACUAAAUCCAAUGUUAAAAUAUCUUAUGUUCCCUCUAAACUAACGCAAGAGAACCCCAAAGCACCUACAUUUACCCCUGCAGCACAUUUUUCUAAAACUACUCCAACUACGAUGGAAUCAUCUCCAAAAUUAACAACAUCACAAACAGGGUAUACUUCUAUACCGGUUUCCCAACCAACAAAAUUAUCUUCAAAUGACACAUCAACACCAAACAUCACUGUUUCCCCGGAUCCUGACCCAUCUACAGUUCUCACCGCGGCACCUGUGGCGGGGUCUGGUAAACUCCACCAGCAACGAAGCUUUUUGGCUGCGGCCAAGCGGGUGAUUAUGCAGGAGAAGAUAAAAAAAGCAGAGCAGCAGGCCAAAGAUGAAGAGUUUGAUGAUACUUAUGAAGAUCUGCCCUUUGAAGUGUUACUGGAGAAAGCAGAGGCUGGAGACCCUAAAGCGCAGAGUUUACUAGGAAAAUAUUACCUUAAACUGGCAGAAGAAAAAGACCCAGAGACAAAUAAUUGUACAGCUGUUCAAUGGCUUGUCAAGUCUGCUAAACAAGGUCGAAGGGUUGCAGCCACACUACUACAGAAGUGCUGGAUGCAGCAGAAGGGCAUUACAGAGGAGAAUGCACAGGAGGUGAGACGUCUUUCAUCUGAGAGUAAGCUUGAACAGGCAGUGAGGCGGGCAGCUAUAAUGAUGUACUGGAAACUUAAUCCUGACAGGAAGAAGAAAGUAGCCAUGUCUGAGAUGCUGGAAAACGUCAGACAGGUCAAUGCUAUGCCAGGUGAGGCUGCUGUGUGUGGUGCAGUAUCAAGUGUACAAACUCAGAGGAAAAUCCUGGAGACCAUGGUGUCUAAUGAAGCUGGCUCCAAGUAUGUGGAUCUGGACGAUUUUGUGGAGAUGACCAAAAAGUUCACAGAAAGCAUACAGAAAAGUCCCGCUGAUGCUGCUACCUUUGAGAAGGGAAAAAAUGAACUAGCCCCUGCUGUUCAUAAGCGACAUCGAAAGGCCAGUUGGGGAUUGGGGAGCAGCGGCAUGAUACUUGCAACCAGACGCAGUGGUGCAAUGAAGAGAGCUCUGGACAUCAAAGCUCACUUCUUGGGUUUACAGUAUCCACUCCACUUCUUUAUUGAGAUGAAAGAGCAUUUAGUCGAUUGGGCAUCUCGUGCUGGGGUCCAGUGGCUUAGCACCAUUAUCCCAACCCAACACGUCAACGCCCUCAUCUUCUUCUUCAUCAUCUCCAAUCUAACCAUUGAUCUGUUUGCCUUCGCCAUCCCACUCCUCAUCUUCUACCUUUCCUUUAUCUCCAUGGCCAUCUGCACGCUAAGAAUCUUUCAAAGCAGCAAAGGCUGGGAGAACUUCCGUGCCUUCACCGCACUCCUCACAAGCUUUGAACCCAGCCUGGAUGUGGAGCAAGCGGAGACCAACUUUGGCUGGAACAACCUGGAACAGUAUCUUUAUUUCAUGAUAUCAGUUUUCUUUGUGAUCUUCACUUUCCCUGUAGCAGAUAAAGGUUGGAUUCCGUGCUCAGAGCUCUCCACGGUGGCCAUCUUCUUUACUGUGCUGAGUUACAUGAGCCUGAGCCCAUCUGCUGCGGCAUAUGCACGGAGAGCAUUGUUCAUUGAGGUGGCGUCAUCUCUAUGCAUCCUAACCAGCAGGUUGCCUAAAGAGAUGGUAAUAGCCAGGAUGCUGGGGCGUACGUUUACAACCUUUUCUCUGGGAGAAUCUGUUGUGCUGGAGCUCAGUGUACCCUGUGUGCUCUACAUCUACCUGAUGUACCUGUUCUUCAGUAUGGCACGCAUGAGAGGAUUCAAAGGAACGUACUGUUUUCUGGUGCCAUACCUGGUCUGCUUUGUAUGGUGCGAGUUUUCAGUGAUUCUGCUCCAGAACUCCACCACCAUCGGUCUUAUCCGUACCUGUGUGGCCUACUUCCUGCUCCUGUUCGCCUUGCCCGUCCUGUCUUUGGGUCUGUUAGCAAUGCUUUUGAUUCAAUUGGUUAAAUGGUUUUUGGAACUGGAGUUAACCAAAAUGCUGGUUACCCUGGCAGUGUGCGCUGUGCCUGUAACCCUACGACUCUGGACCCGAUUCAGCCUUUCCAUUCUCAAUGUCUUUCGCUCCAUCACCCACAGAGGCCCCGUGAAACUGAUUCUCUUGUGCAUCUCUACUGUUAUUUUACUCAGCGGGGUCUAUAUCUACAAUGCCGAAGGUCUGAAGGUCUACAACUCCACACUCACCUGGGAGCAGUAUGGUACGCUAUGCGGCCCCCAUGCCUGGCAGGAUCAUGGCAUGGCCCAAACUCAGCUCCUCUGCGGCCAUCUAGAAGGUCACCGGGUCACGUGGAGAGGAAUAUUUCGCCGCGUGCGUGUGGCCGAGACAGAAAACGGAGCUCAGUCAGUUAUAAACAUGCUACCUGUGUUCAUGGGAGACUGGUUGAGGUGUCUCUAUGGUGAGGUUUACCCAAAGUGCGAACCACGGAACAGUACGUCUCAGGUUGUGAAUAUAACGGAAGGCGUCUUGUCUCCUGUGAACUCCACCUUCUUGUUCCUCCAGCAGGAAGAAGGGGAGCUAUGUAGAAUAAAAACCUUUGCUAAACAUCAGUGUCAUGUAAAACGCUUUGACAGUUACCGGUUUGAAAUUACCGUAGGCAUGCUGGUGGAAGGGGUCACAGAACUCGACGAUCCAGCAGGCGACAUCAUCCUCAUGGCAAGCCAUGAGUUUAAGCAGGUGCUCCUGAAUCUCGACCCAGGCAGUUUGGUGGAAUUCGGCACAAAGCUUGAGGGGAAGUUAGGUGCCAAGCUACCUGCAUUUGAACUGAAAACUAUAAACUGUCUAGACUGCAGCUCGUCACUGGUGCCUGAAGGACGACAGGUCAAGAUUGAGCGCAACUGGAGAAAGACAAUGCUUAAAGCCAUCAAAUUUGCAUUUGACUUUUUCUUUGCACCGUUCCUCUAUGCUAAGAUCAAUGUGUGA